AUGGCCGAGGUGUUCCGAUUGAGCACUGACCUCGGAUUCUGUGUAAUCGACGGUAACUGUUACUUUGCGAAUGACAUGAAUACAGAAGACAACACCACGGUUUGCUACCCAGCCCUAGAUCCGUACCGCUGGCUGAAAGACCUUACUCUGGACAGAGUUCCUGGCGACUUUUGUGUUCCUGGCGAGAACCAUUGUGACAGUGUCACGGGAGGGGCUUACUGCGAUGACGUCACAAAAGUCUGCACGUGUUUCGAGACGCAUACGGGUGUUGCCACUGAAUGUGCAGCUAUUACCUGUUAUGAUGAAUAUGACUCGGUCUGCGGCCAAAUUGCAAAUGGUGAAUGCAGAAAUGGAGCAUGUGCGUGCAAGAUAACAGCACAUGUUAACCGCGGGAAUGGGGCGUGCGUCGGCAAAGUGGUUGGUAGUAACUGCAACGGAGACGAUGAGUGCAGUAGUAUAGAAGGUUCAUACUGCGGAACAGACCAUCCGAAUCGGUGUGUGUGUGGAGAGCUAUACCAUACAAUUGGAGAAGGCUGCUUCCCUAAGGGUCUCGGCGACACUUGCGUAGAUGACGAUGGAUGCUCUCUCGUAUCAAACGCUGGAUGUUAUGAUCAGGAGACAGGGACAAACUCCCUCUGCGAAUGCAAAUUUGGAUAUGCCGAAAACGAAAAUCGACAAUGUGUAUCUACUGGAGUGAUAACAAAACCGGAUCCGUAUAACUCGCAGCAGUGGUGCUACCAGGAUGAUGAUCAAUGUUCGGCGAGCCUCUGGUAUACCGUCUGUGACGAUUGGUACUGGCAAUGCGUUACCCGUUCCUGCAAUGCCUCCUCAGAAGACGGGGAUGCAUCUUGCAUGUCUAAGCUGCUGUACUGUAAUGCCGAAUCAGGAUUUUGUGAGCCUCAUUUAUGUUCGGCCACUGACCAACGUGAAUGUAAGCUGGACAACUCGGAAUGCGAUGUGGACAAAGGCUACUGUGGUUGUGUUGAUGGGUACUCUAUUUGGAACGGAGACUGUUCACCAGUGAAAGACAGGGCGUGUUUGGAUGAUACCGACUGUCACUCCAAGAAGGGGAGAUAUGUUUGUAGUGACAAUAAAUGCGUAUGCGACUCUGAUAAAUGGGUCGAGGACGAAAACGGGCUAUGUAAAUCAUAUGUCGACCAACCAUGUAGCUCAACUACUCAAUGUGGGAAGGACUCUAAUACAACGUGUUCCGAUGGCCAAUGUGAAUGCAGCGCGGGAUUUGUGCUCAGAGAUGGCGCUUGCAUAACAGUGUUUCUGGCUGGGUGUAAUGAGGAUUAUGACUGUUCCGCCAUGGAGGGUUUGGAAUGUUCUAGCUACGCGUACUACGACGACCAGUUUUUCGGAUGGAAUGACCCGGAGUACUCCGGUGUCUGUGUGUGCAGACCGGGAUAUGCACCGUAUGCCAGGGCAUGUAAACAAGUAUUGGGUUCCCAAUGUGAUGAAUUGAAAGCCUGUGGAAAUGCCAGUCAUUGGAGCUAUUCCUACCACUACUACAGCUGGGGUCAUUAUUACGCGCAGUACUUUAAACAUUACCAUAGCGCCUUCUACUGUGAUGUGUUCGACACGUGUCAGUGUUCUCGUGGUUACAUCAAAAAUGCUGACGGCACUGACUGUAUCGCGCUACACGACAAAGGGUGUACAGUUGAUACUGACUGUGGACCAUUGGGCAAUGGAUACCAGUGUGACAUAUCGCAGUGCAAAUGUAGUCAAUACUUUGUGGAAGUUAGCGGACGGCAGAAUAAUAAUUACUAUUACUGGUGGUAUGACAGUAACGGACAGUCUGAAUACAUCUGUACUCCACAAAUUGGACUCUCCUGCAAUUCGUAUCCUUGUGAGGUACCAGGAGCAUUCUGUGACUACAGCAAUUCACAAGCCAUUUGCUCCUGUGAAAAGGGCUACGAAAAAUCAGGACAGUGUACCAAUUACCUUGGUUCAUACUGUACAUCUGACGAAGUCUGCUCUGUUGUUGAUCAUGCUCAUUGCAAUCUGGAAGUUGAAGCAUGUACAUGCAUUAACGGAUUUAUUGAAGACCACGAGAAUGACCUGUGUACACCCGUCCUCGCACAAUAUUGCGCUGGGGUUGUUGACUGUCCAAUGGAAGGGGCUGUGUGUGACAACAACAGCUGUUCAUGCGUUACUGGAACAACGGAGCACAAUGGACAGUGUUUUUCAAAUCCUGAUUGCGCAGAGGACAUACCCGAUCUACCGGAUAUGCGUAGGCGGUCUAGCCAGUACGAACUGUCUUAUAAUGAGCCAAUGAUCAAUGAUGAUUUACUGAACGCAGAAUGGUACAACAUCGGUCAAAAUAGGAUAUCGUCCGCGUUUAUAACACAAAGUGAUGUUUGCGGAACAAAGUGGCCAAUGUUCCUUACAGAUUCAGUUCCAUCAUUGAACGAUGGAGAGAGCAUCGAAACAUACUUUCAAAUAGGAGGAGGCAGCGGCAUAACGGAGCAGUUUCCGGUCACUCUCAGGAAGUGCGGAAUGAACAACCAAAUCGGCCUCUUUGACGUUCCUCUUGCAUUUUCCGGAUUUAGUUUACAUCAUGAUGUGUCAUCUAACCCGAGCAAAAACUCAACUGGACGAUGGGCGGACAUCGAACAAGACCUUACUUACGACAGCUCCGAUCAGCCACAAAUAGUCUUCAGAUGCCAUGCUCUAGACACCGAGCAUUCUUACUAUCCUUGUUCCACAUGUUACGAUGAAUUCUACUUCUUGAAUGAUGGAUUUUACUAUACUAUCCACUGGUACAUCAACGAUAUAGAAUGUGUGACGUACGGUCCAUUGCCAAGAUCGGAUAUUCGUGCAAGCAACUUGCUAGAAUCAGUUGUCAUGCAGGAGUGUCAACAAAAUGUUGUAGGAUUUGACGUUCAGUGUUCUUAUGAAUGGUCUGAAAGCGUUUUCGGAGAAAGAUCACCUCCAAUAACCAGUGAUAAAUUAACAACUGGCGUAAAGUCGCGAUUCCUGCCAGUGCCAAGUGCCGGCCUUCUGAUAGAAGGUGUGUCGGAGACACCUAUUGGCUGUCUAGACCCAUACGAUCUAGCGUUCACUUGCGAAGUACACUGGCAAUUAGAAGGCAUAAACUGUACAGGUUCUACGACGCCUGGAGCAGAUGAUCACCAUCUCUGCGGAACAACACUUAUUGGAUUGACAAUAACUGGUCUGGCACACUAUUCUUCCUGGAAUGGUUUUAUUGAAUCUUAUCGUAGCGGAUACGCAUAUGAUGCAACUUACGGCGUAAUGAAUACAAAGGCUCACAAGCAUAUUUUUGAAGAUGGAGAAUAUGAUUUAUCUGAUAGAUUUUUAGAGGCCUAUUGCCCUGCUGCCACUGGACAUGCGCUGUGGGAUGGAUACACGAUACCUCCUACUACAAUUUCAUUUGAUAAUUCAACUGACGUUGGAACCUUCUGCCAAGUAACAUGGAACCAUCAGGACAACAUACCAGUGCUGACAAAAGUAAAGGGAGACACCUCUUGGGAAAUACCAAUAGACAUUGUCGGAGAAAUUCUUUUAGUACGGAGCCUGGCAUACCCGAUGGAGGUUCAAAUAAAGACGGAAGUCUGCUCAACAUCUGACAAUGGUGUCUGUGUAUGUGCCUUCACGUUCCGGGAUGGAAAUCGCGUCUACACUGUUGACACAUGCUCGGGAGUAACACGAGAAGGUUUUCUAUGGGCCACAUACCCCGAUAUCCCUGAGCUGAGCUAUACGGAUUCAGGCUUAGUUCGUGUUCUAAACGGCAUGGAAGGUAUGGUAGAUAAAAACUACACUUCUAAGUCUCUGUUUGCAAAUGUAUCACAAGUGCACAGUGAGGAGGCAUUCGUCGACUUGGAUGGAAUAUGUGCAUUUGAGGAUGAAACGUUUAGGAGAAGCACAGGAGGACUUAUGUUAAACAGUGAGGGGUUUCUGAACAGCUGGAGAGUCCCCGUUGGAGACAGUUUGCUAGAACCGAACCUUUCACCAACUCCGUAUGCCUAUGAAGAGGUUUUAUAUGACUGUGGAUGUCCUACAUCAGGCGACCUUAUAGAUACAGGUGAAACUGUCAAUGGUACAUAUGGCCCUGUGUAUGUAGAUUCAGGGGCAACAAAAUGUAGUAAAGCAAGCAGUCGUUCAGUUAAUCACACUGGUGAGGUUUGGACAGGCACGGUUAUCCCAGACUUUGCUAUUGAGAAUGUCACAUUGACGUUUGCAUAUCAGGAGAGUCAGUCCAAAAAGAUGACACGAAUGGCUAUUUGUGAGUUUGAGGGACAAGAAGGAUUUACGUACACAAUUUCAUGGUAUGCCGAUACAUUGAAGUUACACGAGAAUAGUUUGCAAUCGCUGACAACCACCGGACACAACACAGUCUCUAUGGAAACUCUGACAGAUGCUUACAAUAGUUUAAAAGCCUCCGGCAGUUCAUGCAUCAUCAAUCGAAAGUUACGAUGUGCCGUAAGCGUUCAUAACUUGAACGAAGUAGAAGUCCUGCCUGAUUCAUUUAGCGAACCCUUCGAAAUAUUUACAGUACCAGAGAGCCACAUCUCUAUCCCUCGUGGAGCGCACACUAUCCUUGAUGUCAUCGUGAACCUGCCUCUGCUCUGUGAAGAUGGAAAGCCGUGCCAUCUGGAAAUCAAAGUCGUCGACGAGGAUGAUAGCUAUGACUGCUCUGACUCAACUCUCGCUAUCAAGCACAUGCAAACAUGUGGUGACAUCAUUGACGGCAUAAGAGAUCCGAGUGAGCUGAAUACAUUUAACGGUGCCCGGGAACUGGCUCUAACAACGAUAAAAAACAACAAGUAUUCGCUUAAGGACGCAUUUUCACUUACGCUGAUGACGUCAAUGAGCGGGUCCAUUGAUUCAUUUUGGGAUGACUGUACUAUAGAACAGACUGUACAUGUAUUUAUCCGCGAUGUUGAGAGGGAUUACUGGAAAGGAAACUACUGUUAUGUCACAAGCGAUCCAUAUUUUCGGACGUUCGAUGGCGUGUAUUAUAGCAACCAGCAGCUUGGAGACUCCAUCCUCUACGUGAACGACAGAUACAAGACGAUGGUACAGAUAACGACCCAAGAAUGCUGGCCUGGUUCCACUCGGAGUUGCACCUGUGCAACCACUGUCCGCGUGGGCAGAGACGUUUACACAGUAGGUCACUGCAACGGGACACAUCUCAUUGAGUGGAUCAGUGAAGACGACGACGUCCUUGAUGUGUAUUACAUGCCCGGCUACAUGAACAGGUUCUACUUGCCAUACGGAACAAUCGUUGAGGUAACAUAUUACGUGAGCGAGUGGUGGUCUACCAUGAAUGUAUUCGUUUUCCCCUCACCGAACGAUAUGGAAGAGUCGGGCGGACUGUGCGGCACGUUUAACGGCGACUAUAUGGACGAUUUCCUGCACAGGGAUGGUAUCAAAACACCAUUAGAAAGCCAAAACUGGUGGUGGUGGGUUUGGGGAGGCGACCCAGACGCGUUUGCAGGAUCAUGGCAGGCACAUGAGGAAGAGUCCUUGUUAAACAUAGAUUAUGUUGACACAUUGGAGUCAUACUCCAAUGGCGAGAACUUCUGUGUUUGUCCACUCAUCAAUGGCGAGAGACUGCCACUUUGUAACCCUAAAGAGGACCGGAUAUGCAUAGGUGAUGCGUACGCAACAAGACCUGGAAACCAAGUAGCCAAACAGAAUGGAAGACAGCGCCGAUCACUUGAUAUGGAAGACCACAACGCUGUAUACGAUGUGCAUGACAUCAGACAACGCCUAGAUGAUUUAAAACACAUGCGAACAAAGCGCGGAACGGUCCGAGUGCGGCGACAAGCUACAGGGGAUCCUGUGGCGGCCAAUGAGUCCUAUUACAGAGCACUUGCUGAAUGUGAGGCAGAAAUGACAGACAGUUGUAACUCAGAAGCCGCUGGAUCCCUCUCGUCUGUCGCCGGAAGCGCCCCCAAUAAUUGUGCUCAGGACAAGAUGGUUUCCCCUAAUGCCACCGCAGCUGUAGACAUUGCCUGCGCAGGAAUGCAAGCAGCUACAAAACGGGAAGUGGAACGAAACAUAACUGCUUUGGCGGAGUCGGCAGAGGCAGUGAACAUCAUUAUUAACGCUUGUCCAGACAAUUGCUCGUCUAAUGGAGUAUGCAUAAAUGGUACCUGCAUCUGUGAUGAGGGUUAUGACCAGGAAUUGUCAAACUGUAAACUAGCCAUCAAUUUACCGCCCGAAGUCCAGUCACACGUAGAAAACUGUAACCCAAAAAUCAGCACGUGUUGUUACAUCCGCUUUACAACUGUGUCAGGUUGUUCAAGUAACAUAACAUGCAAACAGCAACUGCGAAAGUUCUAUGCUAACAACACCCACGCAGAUGAGGAGGAUACUAAAGCGGGAGUUUGUGACGACGGUUGGACUGCAUAUUGUCCUGUUGAAUGCGCAGGAUCAAGCAGACGACGCAGAGAAGCGGGAGAAAAUACUCUCAUGGGAACAGCGUCCAACGUUUCAUUGAGUAACGACAACUCUUCGUUCAGUGCACCAGAGCUAGUGACCGUUCUUGACACGGCGUGUUUGACGUAUGACGCCACAUCCAACUCCAUUACACUCGCUUCUGACUACUGCCUGGUUGACGGUGUAUGUUACGGAAACUACACUGCGUUUGACGACUGCUCCGUGUGCGACCCCAAUGUCGACCAGUUUGACUGGACGCUGUUGAGCGACAAAUGUCAGAUAGGCGGCGUUUGUUACCCAUCCGGCAAUGUCUCCACAGAUAACUGUCUGUACGGUUGUCAACCGAGUGUGGACCAGUACAUAUGGACGGAAAGGUCGGAGGUGUGUCAAAUCGAGAGUGAGUGUUAUAUGGACGGUGUUAACAAGUCGGCAACAGAAGACUGUCUUUAUUGUAACGUCACAGUGGACCAGUUUGCAUGGACGAAACAGAAUGCCUCCUGCUAUAUCGCUGAUGUCUGCCACUACAACGGCGACUCCAAAUCCGCUGACGAGUAUUGCAUGGAAUGCCGACCAGACACCAACCAGUUUGACUGGUCACAAACGUCUGAUACCUGUCACAUCGGCGGCAGCUGCUACGACAACGACAACACGUCUACUGACACCUGCCUCUUCUGUAACGCCACAAUGGACCCGAACCAGUGGACACAAACGACGAACUCGUGCAUGAUUGACAGAGCAUGUUACUAUGAGAACGCUACCUCCACCCAGACUUGCCAAACCUGUCUACCAUCUGCAGACCAGACAAGCUGGACCCUCACUAGCGGAUACUGCAUCAUAGAAGAUGUUUGUUACCAGACGAACACGCUUAACCCGACAGACGAAUGUCGUUACUGUAACAGUGACAUGGACUCGACCACAUGGCAGACGAAUACUUCUCAAGAAUGUCAACAGCAGCAAGAGGAGUCUGGUGGCUCGUCUGUAGGAAUCAUAGCGGGGGCUGUUGUCGCCACUGCUGUCGUCGUAGGCGGCGUGGCUGCGGGAAUCUUUAUCUACAAAUACAUGAAGAAACAGAACUCCAUCACUGCAAGAGCGAGUGCAGGACUUUUCGAUAGCGCUGGAAAUAAGCACUUCAAACUUCGAGUCGAUCAAGACCCUUCCGCGUCCAAGUCUACCUCUUCCGCGCCGCCGAUGCCGUACAAGCUGCCAAAGGAGGUACUACCUCAAGGAACAAUGAGCGCCCCGGUGAACCUGUACACAGACGCGACUGGGGACCACCCAGCACCGGCUCCUGUAGGGGCCCUUCCACCGAUUAUCGGCCUGGGGGGCGGUCCGGCCCCUGCCUUGAACCUACCGCCGGCGGAAUGAUGCUCAGAUAUAAGAAACAGUUAUCAGACUUAAAAAUACAUACAUGUAUCUACAAGGAUAUUUUGAAGUGAAAAUAAUUAAUUUUUGUAUACAUUUCGUUUAUUAUAUUAGGUUUUUUAGUUUAUUUACAACGUUUGUGUCAAUACCACUUGAUAACCAUCUUUACGAGUACCUAUUUUUGUGAGAUAAAUACUCAAAGGUCAAUUUAAAUGUUCAAUGUUGAUGUUUACACUUUUGUUAGAACCACUUUAUUUAAGUCCAUUCAAUACAUGAAAUGAACAUGUUUUGUUGUUGAACUUUUAAUUAAUUAUAUUUUUUGUUAUAUUUUUCUACUUUGUUUACUAAUUGUAACAUUUUAUUUCGUAAAUAAUGUAGUUGUGUUUUUCUUUUUUGUGCUACACUUGAAUUGUAUAAACUAAUAAACAUCGGCAGUUGUAUGUGUAUUUCGUAAUUUUAAAAAAAGUGUGUUUUUAUAUGCUCACUUUAAGACAUACUAUUUCUUUCCAAACCAUCGCCGUAUACUUUUUACAUAUAUAAUAAUAAAUGUUUUGGGUUUUUUUAAGGCAAAAGUUUACAAACAAAUGCUGUUUUAGUGACUGUGAUAUUGCGUGUUAUGACGACACAACACAUAGCUGUGAUACUUCCUCUGUGAUAAAGUUUUUUUAAUAGAGCUUUGCUUUGAUUUUUAUUCCAGAUACAUACUUUGUUUUAAAUGUAUUAGUAGUUCAUUUUGGUCUUUAUCAUUUCUAACAGCUAACUUACUAAAUAACGUUUUAUUUUAAUAUUUCUUUUUUAAUAUGCAGUUUUUACAUUUUUAGAUUAAUAAACAGGGUUAACAUAUUUUGUUUAGCAAAACUAUCCGUUGAUCAUUUUAUCUUUAAUAAAACGUUCUUCUCUG